UUUUGCUAGUUUAUGGAACCUAUGUAGUUUUUGUAAGUUUUUUCUUCCAGUUAGUUGUAAAGUUAUUACUGACUAGCUGUAUUUACGUAUUAUAAUAGUUUUAUUGAACAGAAAGCUAGAAAUAUUUUAAUAUCCAUAUUUAACAUGUUAGGCUAACCUAAAGAUACACAGCAGGUGUAUUGGUGAUGGAAUCAGCUAUUCUCCGUUCACUCUUAGCUGAGUUUUGAAAUAAAACACCGUCGUAUCACUGCGCCGCGUCAGCAAGUGAUACGCUGAAUUCAUCUUGCGUGCCAAGCACAACAAACUUUAGUACAGUCGGUGCUAAUAAAAUAACGGAGAAGUAAUAUAACAGGAAGCACCGUAGCACUUUGUUCAGCGUAGGUGGUUCAUUUGCGAAGAAAAUGCUAGGGCCUAUGCACUUUACGACUAAUAGCCGUAUUCACAAAAUCAUCACAAGUUUUGAUAACAGGAUACCCACGUUUCCUUUUCUUCCCGGGAGAUGUUAAUGUCCCAGUGUCCUGUAAUUCUUUCCUUGCACGAAGCACACUGCUCUUUGAAACACCCGUAAAUUCCGCAGUUAAAUUCGCGAUAUCGUUCACUUGACAAUCCGUAUAUUUGUCUGAAAAUGUUUUAAAAACAUUCAACACAAUAGUUUUCUGUGCACUUUUCAAAGGCUUUCUAAUUCUGUGCUUUACAAAACUCGGUCCGGCGUCAGCCAUAACAAACGUGCGCGCGCGAAUCCGAAAUACAACUGUUGUGCCGGGCAUCAACUGUACACUGUACACACGGCGUCUGCUAACAUAAUUGUAAGUAAAACUAGUUGACACAUUAAACUGUAUUGGAUAUUAAUGGUGAAACGCUAUAAUGCUAUAUAACAACAAUUGUUAUAAAAAAGGCAGUCUAAAAAUACUUACAAAUGGUACGUAUCCAAGGGACUAUUUCUUGCGCACGAAUAAUGUGCGCGGCGGCCUGCAGCCAAUACAAAUGUUUGUUUACAUGAGGCUUUGUUUAUUCCAAAACUCAGGUAAGAGUGAACGGAGAAUAGUCUAUUGAAUUCCACAAUGACACCUAAAAGAAGACAGAUCUCCCAGAAUAUUUCACUAUCGUGUCUGUUUCUUCCACAAUGCACGGAACUGUAAUAAAUAGCCACCAGUGAGAUUGAGUAGUUACAAAAUAGAACAUAAGAUAUUCUUGUAUUUGAAACAAUUUUUAACAUACUUAGAACAUAAACAAACAUGGCUAUUACCACAGCCAAAUACUCUCUACUACUGAUUGCACGGAGACACGUAAAUGGAAGAGUUCAGUGUUGAUGAACUAAUUUGUAUGGUGCUGUGUCCAAUUGCAUGCCAUUGCUUAGUGAGAUUUGUGUACGUGAUCUCUCUCCGCUUUUGUAUCAUUGUAGAACAUCCUUAAGGAACUAUCCCAGCACUUGCUAGGUAUGAUUUUAAUAAAAUAUAGACAUUUAAAUCAGGAUGGCCAUACCAGGACCAGGGUGUCUACAGUUAGUACUUUCGUACUAGAUCUAAUACUUUUAUAACUUUUUUAGUGGUUUAGUACAGAUCUAGUACAUUUUUCUUUAAUAUAAUAAUAUUAUUGUAACUCCAAUAAGCUUAUGUUUUAUUAUUAAGCAUAAUUAUUUUUAAAAAACUAUGGAAUUUAUGUUUGUGUGGUAUGAUAUUUAAAUUCGAGCAUUGCAAUGUCAUUAUAACUUCCUAAAUUGUUAAAAAUCAUAACAUAUUAUAAUUUAGUACUAUUUUUUCUAAUCUAGUACUUUUUUCUAGCCUAAGUUGGUACGAAAUAUUUUUUCCUUGUGGACACCCUGACCAGGACUUAAAAAAUGGUUCUCGGGUGUAAGUCGUCAUUGUCUUAAGCUGGAAUUAAAAUAGUACGUUUAACCUGCCUGUCGCCCGUCCGUUCAUGGUCCGUUCAUUUAUCAUACUCUGAGCGUUUUACAAAACUCUGCUUGCAUGUCAUAAAAUAUUAGGCCUAUUCAUUUCAUUGCUGCCAACUGUUCAGAAAGUUUAAAUUUUGGAGAAAAUUUAUCUUGUGUUAUUAUAUUAUACUAACAGUGCAGAACUGCAAUGGCACAUGUCCAAAGUAUUGUAAGUAUAAAAAAAAAUCAUUUACUCAAGAACACAACAAUGUAUUGAACAUAAUUUUGUCACUAUGGUAUUUGUUUAAACAUUUCCAGUGUGUCCAUUGUAAUUAAGUACCCUUGUUAUACUCAGGUAAUUUUUGUUUCAAAGAAAACCUUUAACAGUUUUCAAACAUAAUUUAAAACAUAACCAAGGGAGCAGUUAAACAACUAAGUAAACAAACUUCAAUAUAGUCUAAUAUAUGAUAUUUGGAGGUUAUUAUUUAAACCAUGUAUCCGUCGAAAGUAGAAGUUACCAAACUUUUGACGGAUGGAUGAAAUUUUUCAGGCCAUCUUAUUGGCUGCAGGUCACGUGAUUGAUGGACGGAUGGACGAACAGACAGACGAUGAACUAUUGUAAUUCCAGCUACCAAUGUUCUAUCACAUGUAUGUACCUUAACUUUUUGUGAUGUUAUGUCAAAGAAAUAUACUUGUUUUUGACUCGUAAACAUCAAAUUGCAUUCAGUAUUUAACAAACGAAAUUUAAUGUUAGCAACUAUAUUAAAAGACGUAAAACAUGAAACCCUUAUUCUUGUGAUGUGGAAGCAGGUUUUUGUACCUAUAGCUUGACUUUUGCGUAAGAAAACACAAAACAGGCUGUGUAAAUUGAGGAAAAAUUUGGUAAGUAGAAAAUGUAUUCCAUGUCAAAUCAACGAAUGAUGUCUUUGAUGUCUCAUAUUUCUAUGAUUUUGGUAGGUACUUAUACAAUGUUCCUAUGAGGUAGGUACAUUUAAAAAAUGUAUCAUCUUAAUUUUUGGGUUUUAAAAUUAUUUAAAAUGUUAAAAUACUGCUUGUAUUUUGGUUAACAUUGUUUCACUAAAAAUACUGCUUUUUAUGGUCAACAUUGGUUCAUUUAAAUAGGUACUGCUAAUUUUUUUGGUAAACAUUGGUUCACUAAAAUGACUGUUAUUUUGUAACCAUUAUACCUGGGCUAUAUUUAAAAGUAGUUGAAAAUAACUACAAUUUUAUACACAGUAAAGAAAUAGGCCUAUUUCUGAAAAAUUAUAAACCCAUUUUUUUUUAUUAAGAGUGGGAUAAAUAGCUACUAGAAAUUCCAGCUGCUUGAAGCGUAACAUGUGCGCCUGAUAUUGUACGUUAGACCGAUAUUGCUCUGAGUCCCUCGCGAUAGGCGACACUUCUCAGUCCCACGAUAAGGACCGAAAGAGGUGGGGUGGCACUGCGAGGCAGUCGGAUUUAGUUUUCCUUGCUGUCCCUGUGUUAGCUCGGGAUAUAUGAAUGGAUGUUCAUUUAUAAAUGGCGAAAACAAACGCACGUUUUGUAAAAGGUAAUGCUUGUGGUAAAUUGCAUUUGUCUGUGCGAAGAAAAUGGAAAAGAGGUAAAAAUCUAGCAAAUUGGAGAGAGAAAAAUAAAUUAAAGGAGAGCACAAAGACUGAAGAAAGUACGCCGAGUGCAGAAACUACAACUGAGAAUGCUAAAAGCAAGAAGAAAUUAGCCGCCGGACCAUACCGUUGUUGCCUGGCCACAGACCGGACCGUACCGUUGUUGCCUGGCCACAGACCGGACCAUGAUGAACAUCAGUCUAGCCAGAGGCAGGAGGAGAUGGAACAGAAGCCAGUGGUUGAGAUGGAGUUUGUGAAGGUGGACAGCAUCAAGGAGGAGGUCGAGGAAGAGACUCCACUGGCUGGCGUCCAACCAGCUGCUGUGUGGCAGGAGGAGAUGGAACAGAAGCCAGUGGUUGAGAUGGAGUUUGUGAAGGUGGACAGCAUCAAGGAGGAGGUCGAGGAAGAGACUCCACUGGCUGGCGUCCAACCAGCUGCUGUGUGGCAGAUCUCCCAGUUGUCCAUCGGACCGUUGGAUAUGAAGUCACUGAAUGGCCAAAGAUUGGAUAGACAGGGAUAGGCGGGUCACAGCGGUAGGGACCCACCUGCACCUGACGCCACCCGACUUGCUGGCAUCUAGUAAGGGAGUGUUUGGGGCAGAG